AUGGUAUCGUCUAAUAUGGCAGCCUCCGUGUUGAAGCGAUGUGCGACUGCUGCUGUCAAAGUUAAAAGUUUAUCUCCGUCUCUUUCAGCCCGACGAUGGUUGCUUUCGGCGGCUUACACAGAUAGCAAAAUGUGGGAGGCGAGAGAGAAAGAUCCUCAGAACCUGGACCUGCGAGACUGGACCAUUCACGGCUGGAUCAGACAGUGUCUAAAAUAUGGGGCUAGAGAUAAGGCCUUGCACACACUUAAAAACAAGAUCCAGUAUGGAAUAUUCCCAGAUGACUUCACCUUCAAUCUCCUCAUGGAUUCCUUCAUUAAGGAUGCAGACUUUAAAAUUCAUAACAAACACCUAUCUGAGCCGUACCAGACAGCAUUGCUCUUUGUUCUCAUUUGGGCACCUGAUAUCAGCCCCCUAACUCUGGGGUAUGUGAAUGACUUGUUCCAUGACCUGCCUUUGACCUCAGAGUCAGACUCUUCUGGAGAAGAGUCAGGAGGUGAAGAGGACAAGAAAGAAAACACUGUAGAUGAAGACGAUCAGGCCGAAGCUGCUAAGCUACCUGAGUAUGUCAAGAAAUUCAAGGAAUUGAGCAGCCAGCUGGAAUCUCAGGAUAAAGUGGAGUCAACCUCUUUCCAGGAUUUAGUGACCGCUCUGGCCCAGCAGACCCUGGCUGCUGCCGAGACACCGGACCUCGAGCAGUAUGAGAGCCGGGUGCAGGCCUGGGAGGCCGAGAAGAGGCAGCUGAUCCAGAGAGAGAAGGAGAUGAGGGAAAAGGCUGAGCAGGAGAAACAGGAGCGAUUAGCUGCCAUGGCUGCAGCUCAGCAGGUGUAGAAACUUUUAACAUGGAGCCAACUGUGACUCACUGAACUGUCCGUCGAGUAUGUACUUUAAAAUGUGUAUACUUCUGAGUGUAUUAUUAUCAUUGCACCGGAUUCUGUCACUUAUUACUUUUGUAUAUAUCAGUUAUUGUGUUUGUGGCUCUGUUUUUAUAGAAUAGAGCUAAUAUAAAUAGGCUGUCAAAAUAAAACACACUUUCAGUUCUAUCACA